UUUGUUUAUUAAAGAGUUAAAUAGUUAAAAAUGUGUUACGUUUACAUUUUAUUGAGUUUAAUUACCGCGGUGGUGGGCGCAGCUACAGAUAAUUAUAAAGAUCAAUUCUGCACCGAUCCCCGCACCAUGAAGAGACACGCAGCGUACUCAGAGUGGCCGGACUCGUACUCGUGCACCAGGCACCGGUGUCAGCCCGGGGGGCGGAACCUAGCUAUAUACACCGUGGGGUGUAAACGAGUUGAGGCUCCAGAAUCGGCCAUCGAGUGUGAGGAGGUGGUGGAAGACACCAACAUGCAAUUCCCAUUUUGCUGUACAAGGCUACGAUGUCUCGUGGUGGUGCGCGGCGAGGUGUGGACGCGGGUGCUGGGACAGCCGUGGGAGACGCUGCCCGCCGCGCCCUGGAGCCACAUGUACAAGAUGAAGAAGCCGCCGCCCGGAGAGAACGUCUUCGGCAAUAAGAACGCAGAUCAAGGGCCCAUUUACGAGCUGCAGUCAGACCAUGAGAACGAGCGGGACAAAGUCGUCAGGGCGUCCAAGAAGUCCGCAUCAAGCUCGGACUGCGAUGAACCAGUUGCCCGCGCAGUGCCGUCGCCUGACAUAGUGAUAGCACUAGCGACACCUAAUGAUGAGAAGAAAAAUGAAAAAUCCAGACACAAGAAGUCAAGAUAUCCAGCCAAUGGUAACGAAGUCGAUGAAGAGAGUGACAAGGAACGUAUCGAAAUCGAGCUUGAUGAUACGCCUACGAAUGAAAAGGCAACAUGGACGGAAAUACCUCAAAGCCAGUGGAAUGAACACGACCCAUCUAUGGACAUUGAAGGCCCAAGAGCUCAUGCAGAUAAAAGCGAGAGGCCAUCGGGUCUUCAAGCACUAGUAGAUGCUAUUGGCACCAGAAUGAGAGACAUAGAGAGCGUGGUGCAGAAGAUGAGUGAGAAAGUACAUAUAAAGCCAGAAACUGAACUUAGCAGUGGAGAAAGAAGAUCUGACAGCGAGGCGUCCGCUAAUCAUCAGAAGUCAGAUGAUAUGGCACAAGGUAAAGAAGAAUUAGGAAAAUUAAAGAAACAUCCCGACAUUGAACACUACAAAAGGUUUACUGUCAAGAGCCGAGGCAGCAAGUACCUCAGCAACAGUGACGUCACCAGCGAGCAACCAGUGUUCGUCGAGGACACCAAUCCGAACGGCUACUUCAGUGAUGCGAGCAACAGUGUUAUGAGAAGGAACAAUAUGCCCAAGGAGCCGGGUGCAGCACUAACGUAUGUGGCUCCAGUCGAGAACCGACGCAAAUCCCACUACGUGUCGCAGGAAGAUGAUAAGAAACACAAAAAACACACCCAUAAGAGGAAGCGAAAGGGAAAGGGUCACAAGAAGCACCACAAGGAAGAGAAGAAGAAACACAUAAACAGACUCGUAUCAGCUGAGCUGGACAAGAAUGUACUGUCGCUGGAGGACAGUGAUGCCAUUGUGUAA